CAAACUGCAGCACCGCCGCGCUUCUGGGUCGACAUCAACGCCUGUCGGGUCAAGAACAAGAUUAUCUAGAUGAAAACAGCGCGUAUGGCACCUGCAGGCCUAGCGGCGACUGUGGCUGCUGCCGCCGCGGUGGCAGCCUACACGUGGCGCCGGCGCCAGCACGCCCGCCGCCGGCUCCGAGCCCACUGCUGGUGGGACGUGCCUCCUGGCCUACUCGCCGUGCUCGAGACCUCCGUCGACGUGUCCACCGUCGAGCUCACCGUCGGCGCCUCCGGCUGCCCGUCCGACGUUGAGGUUUGCGUCUUUCCCAACGCAGCCUGGGAGGCGCGCGUCGACGUGGAUGGGCUCGCCUCGCUGGCUUCGCUAGUCGCCAUUGUCGUCCCGUACGCCGGCAUCAUGCCGAAGCACCUCGAUCGCCUGAGGGCCAUCCUCGGGGGCCGACUGGGCAGCACCGGCGAAGGCGGCGUCGCUCUCCACAACCUUCACCACAAUGGCCCAAUCACGGCUGAGAUGGCCAUCGCCCUACUCCUCGCCGCCGCCAAGCGGCUGAUCCCGGCAGACAGGCGGAUACGACAGCACGACUGGCGGCCGCGCGGGCUUCCCUUUGCGGGCGCACAGGUGGAUCCUCCCGAGCCGAUGGUGAUGCUCGACGGGCGCACCGCCCUCGUCCUGGGGCUCGGUGGCGUCGGCAGCCGUGUCGCCGCCGUGUGCGCCGCCCUCGGCAUGGCCGUCCUCGCCACGAAGCGAAGCGCGCGGCUGGGCGGCGAGGGCGGAGGGUCGGGCAUCGAGGUGCACCCGCCCGGCGCGCUGCGCGAGCUGCUACCGCGCGCCGACGCGCUGCUCGUCUGCCUUCCGGGGACGGAAGAGACGCGCGGGCUUAUUGGCGCCGAGGAGCUCGCGCUGCUGCCGCGCCACGCCGUCGUUGUCAACCACGCCCUGUAUGCGGCGCUACGGGAGGGGCGGCUGCACGGCGCGGGGCUUGACGUCUGGUGGAGCUACCCGGCGACGUAUGAAGAGGCGCUGUGCACACCGCCCUCGGCCUUCCCGUACGGCGAGCUCGACCGCGUCGUGCUCUCGCCGCACCGCGGAGGAGGCAUCGGCGUCGCCGACCUCGAGCUCGCGCGAAUGCGGCGCAUCGGCGAGAUGCUCAGCGCCGCCGGCCGGGACGGCGUGGAGAGGAUGCCGCAUCGGUGGGACUUUGGGCUCGGGUACUGACCCCCUCGCCUGGCGAACAGGCCCAGGGCUGCACACACCUGGCACACACACAUACCUCACACGAGCGCGCACACACACACUCUCUGACGACGACCGCGCUUGGAAUGUUGGAAUACUCGCAUAUAGAGCACAAGAGCUCGCUCAUGAGCUCGCUCUACGACACGGCUCGUCUCUCAACUGCAUGUCCAACUUCAUGUCCAUGUGUCUCCGCUUUGCAUCGCCGGCCCAUAUGGCCAUGUCUGAUGUCUCGUGACAUGACGCGACGCGAACGCGCGAGCCACGAGGAGUCAUGGGAGACAGAGUGUGUAUAUGUGAGAGUGUGUGUCAUUCCCCACCA